UGUGUGUGCGUGUCCGCGUGUGUGCGCGCGCGCUUGAGUGUUGUGUGGUACCUACGCUAUGGUGUGUGUGAUAUGAACGCGAUGUCCUGCCCUUCCCCGUCGUCUCCGAUCGCGGAAUCAUGAUCUGCUGUCUUCCCCGGGACUCUUCCGCCUCGAGUCGAACGAGGACGAUUGUGAAAGCGCCUCAUUUCUGAUCGCCGUCGCCGCGCUUCUCGCAGGAUUUGCAGCUUUUGCUUGCCCGGAGCCUGAGGAUCUCGCGCGGUGGCCACUUUUGGUGAUGUCAGCUCGGCCGUCACUCCUGACAUCGGCUUCCCUCCCGGACACGGCGGAAAGGUGAUCAGUGUGUGUUCAGUGAGGAGAUCUGAAGCCGGAAUGCCCCAGUGCUGCAGGCCUUCUUUAAAGUGAGUGCAAGACUCACUAAUAGACAGACACAACUUAUUUCUUUAACCUCAUCCCCUUGAAUUUCUCUACAUCAUCAGCCAAUCAAAUGCACCCUGAAAAUAAACUGACCAAUCAUGGGAAGCAAGUGACCACUGGUGCCCAGUCACAGAUCCCCAAUGUGAAUCAGCAGGAACAGCAAGGACCUGCAAGCAACCAAGGGUCAAAGGGCACUGGGCCAGGGAACCAUGGAGUGAAAACCAAUCAGAUAUCUCCUGGGCUGAAAAGUGUGGGUGGGAUGAUGAAGACCAAAUCUAAAAGGGAGAGAAGUAUCUCUGUGGAUGCCACAGAACAAAAAGACACUCUUGCACCAGUGCUGGAGUCAGAUGCUAAAGUAGAGGGCGCAAUUCGCAGAAAGCGUCGAUGUGUGCUGGAGAAGAAGCAGCCUUAUAGUGGAGAUGAGUGGUGCUCAGGUGCUGAGACUGAGGAAGAGGAGGAGAAACCCUCCACUACUGCACACAGGGAGCAUGUGAUGUCAUGCCCUGGCCAGGCUCUCUCAGGCACAGCUGAGUCAGUAAGUGCGCCUGGUUUAGGAUGUGGCCUUGGUCCAGGUCUACGUUCUGACCAGCCAACACACACCUCUCAGCAAGUAGUAUAUGUCUUCACCACUAGCCUAGCCAACAGUGCUGCAGAGGCAGUGAUGCAUGGUCAUACAGACUCCAUCCUCCUGUUUCACCAGCAAAAUGUUCCUCGCACCAAACUGGAUCAGCAGUGCACUGCUGUUGGAAAGAUCCCCAGCCUAUCAGAGCAGCUCAGCUCUAGUAGCACCCCUCCCAUGGGCACCCCCAAAUCUCAAAGUGGUACACCUCGUCCAGCCUCUGUUGGUGGAGUUAUUGGGGGUCACCUAACAGGUGGCAAUACUCCUUCUUCCACAGGUCAGCCUGAAAGUGAGGUACCCCAUGUCCAUCCAGGGGCCACACCCAGUCACAGUAACUGUGCAACGUCUCAUCCAUUAGGACCUGGAGGCUCAGGGCCACAGCGAGUGGGGGCCCAAAGUUGUGGAGUAGAUGGGUCAGGCAUUAUAAACCACCCUGGUACAGGUGUCUCUCCCAGUGCCAAUCCAUCAAUGUUGUCUGUGCAUCUUCAGGGUGAGUCCAGCCAGCAGGGAGGACAAGGGAGUAUCGAAGGAUUGUCUAAAGAGCAGCUAGAGCAUCGUGAGCGUUCGUUGCAGACACUUAGGGACAUUGAGAAGCUGCUUCUGCGCAGUGGGGCUGGUGCUGGCCAUGGAGAUCCAGGAGGCCCAAAUAACAGCCUCAACAAUGGAUCAGUUAGCAACAAUAAUACUGAUGGAUACCAAGGACUUGAUGAUGAGGAAAAUAAUACUGGGAGGGCUGGCAGUAGUUGCCUUUCUGAUGGUGUCCCCCCUAUCCGUGGAAUGAAAAAACAUGAGGAGCCUCUACAAUCCAUAAUUUCCCAAACACAGAAUAUCAGUGGGCCUUGUUUAGAUGACACUUUGAUGGUAAGGCACCACAACUUACCCCCUCAUCACCACUUAUCAUCACCUUCAGGACUAGACAUGGGCCCUGUACUGGGUCCUGAAGGACUAACACCAGAACAGAUAGCUUGGAGGAAGCUGCAGGAGGAAUACUAUCAGGAGAAGAGGCGACGGCAGGAGAUGAAUCCUCACACAAAUCCCCAGCAUUUCCGCAUAAUGUCUGAGAUGGGAAUGCCAGGAGGGCCACACCUCAUGAUGAGAGCUCCCCCACCUCCAUAUCACAGCAAACCUGGAGACCAGCAGUGGGGACCAGGGCCUAUAAUUGGAGGAGGAAUGGGAGGAAAUUUAAGGAUGAUGGACAUGCAUCAGGAGGGACCCCGUGGACCCAGGUUUCUUGGUCAGAUGCAGCGAGGACCUCCAGGUGGUGGUGGAUACCCAGGAAGCCCAGGUGGAGUUUUACCCAUGGAAGGCGUAGGGUCUCAAAGAUCUCCUAGGCCAGGAAUGGGUUGGCUGGAUGACAUGGCACCGAAUAUGGCUGGAGUAAGUCAGUUUCAUGGGUGCUAUGCUUCAGGAGGGCCCAGUGGACCCUCUCAGCAAAUGCAGAGUGGUAUGGAUCGUCCCUUAACACGGGAAGAGAUGUUUCACAUUAUGGAGAAACGGCAGCUACAAGGUCUCCGCAGGUUAGAUCUAGAGCAGUUGUCUAGGCAGCAGCAGCAGAGUGGACUUGGAGGUCCCAGGAUGAUGGAUAACCCUGGUGGACCAGGCUUUCCUAAUCCUGGCAUGGGAGGUGGUCCACCUUCACGCAGUGAUCCAAUGGAAUUUCCCAGUUCUCGCACUAUGAUUGGAUCUCCCAUUAGUGGUGGAGGUGGCCCUUUAAUGAGAGAUAUGGUUGACUCUCCUUUAGGGGGAAACCUAAAUAUAAACAUGAACAUGAACAUGAACCUGCAUCAGCAACAACAUAUAUUGGCCCAGAAAUUAAGAGAAGGACCUGGGUCAGAGAUGGCAAGCCCUGAGGACAACACCCGUAUUAGGGCUGCACCAAAUGGCCGGGUUGGUGCUAACAAAGUAAUGGUCCAUGGGUCAGAUGUAACGCUUCAGUUCCCCAAUCAAGGCACCUUUGCAGGUGGACAAGGGGAUGGGCCCUACCUCCAGCAAUCAGGUCCUGAAAUGUUUAGGUCUGAUCAGCAGGGUACUCCUCAAAUUGGUGGAAACUCAAGGCCUAGCCAUAUGCCUAUGAACACUGGUCAUAAAGCAGACCAUGGGCCAUGUCAUCAAUCUGACCUUCCCCUUAAUGUUAACUCAGUUGGUUCCCCAGCCAUGCCCCCACCUCACCAGCUGAAGUCACCUCCCCUUAGCCAGGAACCUUCUCCUCUCAUACCCUCUCCCUCUGCUACAGGCCUGAAAUCCCCCAACCAGCUAGCAUCCACUGGUCCACCACACCCUCCUCUCACUUCAACCUGUGGUGCAGGAACACCUUCUGCCACCUCCAUGAAGUCCCCUCAGAUAAUAGCAUCAUCACUUGGACUCCGUUCACCAUCUGGUUCCCCUGGACAUCACAAAUCUCCAGCCAUGCCUGUUGCAUCUCCAAGAUGGACUGCCUCACCCAAGACUUCCCUGGCUAGCCCUGGAGGGACAGCUAAUAGUAAGGCAGUAGGCAAUGGAGGGAGCAGUUCAACUGAGACAGGUAUAACCCUUCCUCCCAGGAGUUCCACCUCAACACCCAGCAGUCAACCUCCCAACAUGCCAUUCACCUCUUCACCAGAUGCACCUCCAUCCCAGAAUCCCCUGUCCCUUAUAAUGUCUCAGAUGUCCAAGUAUGCAAUGCCCACUUCCAUUCCACUCUAUCAUGAUGCCAUCAAGACAAUAGCCACUUCUGAUGAUGAGAUGCCAACUGAUCGAUUGCUCCUUGCUGGAGCCAACAUUCAAGGAAAUAUGGCUAAUCACCAGUCUACGCAGAUGCUCCUGUCCUCUCAAGGCUCAAUGGGACCUCACAGUAGUCCACAAAGCCCUACUGGAAUGGUACUUUCAGGAAAUCAGCAGUUAUCUCUUGACCCCUCUGGACCUUUGAUCCAUUCUCCUAACCACAUUGCCAUGCCAGUAAUGAUGGGGGGUGGAGGGGGCCAUCCAGAUGGGAUUGGACCUUGUAACAUGUCCCCAAUGCAUCCUCCAAGUCAGAUGGGUGGAUUCUCACGCAUGCAGGCCCCACUGCACUCCCCAGUUGGGGGUCUGGGGCAGCAGUACCCUCAUCCUUCUGAUGACAUUCUCCCUUCUCAGCAAAUGCACCAUCUUAGCAAGGGUAUGCCCAAUCAGCGGCCACCCAACCCAGCUGAUUCUUUCGCAUCUAUGCCUAUAGGGGAGGGCCCAGACUUGAGUGAGGUGAUUAGGCCAACUCACACAGGCAUCCCUGAAUUUGACCUGUCACGAAUCAUUCCUGCCGACAAGCCCAGCAGUACCCUGCAGUACUUCCCCAAGACGGAGGCAAUGUCACAGCUGCAGCAGACCCCUCACCAAGGGCAUCUACCUCAUCAGGCUCCUUCAGCACAACUCCUGAAGCAGCUUUCCUCAUCUGGCCCCCUUCAAGGCAACACACCUUCCUCCAACCCUCACAUUGCCAAUCUGCAGAACAUGAUGGCUGAGCAGCAGCUUCCCUUGCAGCCAUCACACUGUGGCCUACGCCCUGGUAUAGGCAUGACCCAGGGAGGAGCCAGAAGUAUGGGCCCAGGUGGUGUAAUGGGGCCUGGCUCAAUAUGCCAUCCAGGUCAUCUGAUGGGUAGGACAGGUAUGCCUCAGCAACAGCAGCAACAUCACCACCAGCAGCAGGCCAUGAUGGCUAACAGUCUCUUACAGCACCAGUCCCAUAUGUCACAGGGCACGAUGACUCCACAGCAACAUCCACACAGUCUUAUAGCUCAGCAGAACAUGAUGAUGCAAGCUAAACAGAGGGGUAUGCCAAUUCCUGGGGAACACUUUGGCCAGCAAGGAGCUGUCCUGUCUCCUCAGGGGCCCAUGAUGGGACCCCCACACCCACAGUCAGUCGUGAUAGGAUCCCAGGGAAUUAGACAGCGAGGCUUGCCUUUGGAUAGUCCACUGGGCUAUGGACCUGGAAGCAUGGCAAACAUGCCUUUCUGAACAUUUUCAGUAAAUCUGUAAAAAUCCUUUCCCCUUAUGGGUUACUUCAAACCCUGACGUGCUUUUUUUCAAUGUUUAUUGAUUGUGGCAAUCAGAUGCUAAUAUUA